UCUCCCCCCUCUUCCUCCCCCUGUCCCCGGCCCCGUGUGAUAUCGGGGCAACGCCGACCCCAGGGCAUGAGGGAGUUCUACGAGGCCAGCCGGGCAAGCAGCAAGAAGAGUGAGAAGAGCGACAAGAGCAAGAAGGCCAAGCCGGGCGAGAAGGGGGACAGGACGGAGAAGGCCGACAAGCCGGAAGACUGCAGCGAGAGGACCCAGAGCCGGAGGAGCAAGAAGAGCGCUUCCAGCAAAGCGGGAGAGAGUGAGGGCGAGACCGAGAGUAUUCCCGACUUCACCCAGGAGCAUGAGCCCUGGCCCCGCGUCGAUCCGCCACAGCCAAAGAAGAAGACUCGAGGGCCAAUCGGUUUCAACUUCUUCAAGGGAGAGAAGGGGGAGAAGGGAGAGAAGGGGGAGAAGGGUGAGGUGGUAGAGAAGGGUUCCAAAGAGAAGUUGCCACAGGAAGAACCACGCCGGGCAAAAUCAGUGACACGUCAUACUCUAGAAUUCGAGGACGAGGGGGAGGAGAUAGAGGAGCGGAAGGAGGAGAAGGAGAAAGGCAACAAGAAGAGAUCAGAUGCUAGCAAGAGCAGGAUGAAGGAUAAAUCGAAGGUCAAAGAGGAGAAAGGCGAGAGAGAAAAGAAGAAGCAGAAAGACAAGGAGGACAAGGAGAGGGAGAAAGGGGAAAAACAGAAGGAAAAGGAGAGGCAGUCGAAGGAGAAGCUGGAGAAGCUGGAGAAGAGGCGCCUGGAGAGGGACGAUAAGGCACAGAAAGAGAAGGACAAGGGGGGGCAAGUAGUCAAGGACAAGGAGACGAGGCAGCGGGAAAAGGAGGAGAAGCAGCGGGAGAAGGAGGUGAAGAUGAAGGAGAAGGAAGAGAAGAAGCAACAAGAACAGGAAGAGCGGAAGCAGAGUGUGGUGGCAGACAAGAAGGACAAGGAGAAGAAAGAGAAGAGGCCACGCGAUAAGGAGGAGAAGGAGAAGAAGUCGAAGAGCAAAAUCGAUAAAGAGAAAGAUAUGAAUGGAUCAGCGAGGGAAGUGAAGAGUGUGAAAGCAGUUUGAAAUCUUUUAACUAUUGAUACAAGGAAGGUGGAUUUGAUGCAGAAACAUAGCAGAGAAGGCAGGGGUUUAAACCUAUCAAAAAAAACUGAUCUAAAGCAUCCCAUGAGCUGGGAAUAAAGUGCUUUCUUGCAAUUUAUUUUGGUUUUGACAAAGGUUAGAAGCCAAACAUCCCAGUCUGGCACAGUCAAUGUGUACGCAUCCUUUGGGUCCCUUUGUCUUAAGUACCAUGUGUGUGUUGAUUGUGUUCGGAGUAGCUCUCUUGAAUUAAGUCCCAGUGCAUCUUGUUCCAACAUCGUUAUUUAUCUCUCUUGUGGUGGUAUCGUUUUGUGGUGACCCUUGUUUUGGAAGCAUUUGGAUUGAAAACUUUAGAUUAAAGUUUUUAAUAUCU